AUGGAGGAUGUGGGUGGAGCCUCUGAGCUGGCCUUCCUAUUGGAGCCCAGUGAUGUCAUAGCAGUCAGGGACCGCCCACUGCUGCUGAGCUGCCAGGUGGAGGGCGAGGGGCCGAUCACGGUGACGUGGCGCAAAAAUGGGAUCCCGGUGGCGACGGGCCAGCGGGCCAGCGUUCUGGCCAACGGCUCACUGCUGAUCCAGAACUUCCACAAGCGGCGGGAGAGCAACGAGACGGACGCCGGGGAAUAUGACUGCGCCGCACAGAGCCGAUACGGCAUAGUGGUCAGCCGUAAGGCCCGGGUCCAGCUGGCCUCUCUCCCGAAGUUCCACACCCACCCGGAGUCGAUGACGGUGGACGAGGGGGGCGUGGCUCGGUUCCAGUGUCAAGUGAACGGCAUUCCCGAGGCCAACAUCACCUGGGAGAAGAAUCGGACCGCUCUGAGCACCAAGGACAACAGGUACACGCUCCUGCCCGCGGGCAUCCUGCAGAUCACUGGCGUGCGCCGAGCCGACACGGGGGUGUACCGCUGCGUGGCCACCAACAUUGCCAAUACCCGCUACAGCCAGGAGGCCCAGCUCAACGUCACCGUGGCGGCACCAAAAACCUACAAAGAACCGGUCAUCCUCUCCGGCCCUCAGAACCUCACCAUCACUGUACACCAGACGGCCAUCUUGGAGUGCAUCGCCACCGGCAACCCCCGGCCAAUCGUGUCCUGGAGCAGGCUGGACGGCCGCUCCAUCGGCGUGGAGGGGAUCCAGGUCCUGGGGACGGGGAACCUGAUGAUUUCCGACGUGUCCCUGCAGCACUCGGGGGUGUACGUGUGCGCCGCCAACCGCCCCGGCACCAGGGUGAGGCGCACGGCGCUGGGCCGGCUGGUCGUGCAAGAGGCUCUUCCUGGCCUUUGGUCUCAUCAAGCACGUUCCCCCCCUUCUGCGUCCCGGGUCGGGGCGGGGGGCUGUACUGAUUUGAUUCGGCCCAGGCAGGACAGCCGGGCUCUCAAGCAGCAGGACGGAGCCUUGGAGGUGUGA